GCUCUGUAGACAAUUUGUUCAGUUGCAAUUGUUAGUUAUUGCACAGGCCAUCACUGCUGAUUGUUAUUACAUCAUUUGCUAGCCGAGUAUAGCGAGUUAACCAGUCUCUCUAUUUUUGCCUACCAUGUCUCACGAAGUAAAGACAGAUCCCCAUCUUGAAAAGGAUGAAAAGGAUGAUGUCCAUGUUCAUGUUGAAGUAGCUGAUGCUAUUGACGCUGAACUAGAACAAUUGAUUCAGACCAACCCCUCUAAAGGUCUUACAGAUGCUGAGGUCGAGGAACGUCUUGCAAAGUUUGGACCUAAUGAAAUUCCCGAAUCUAAAUCGAAUCCGUUCCUCAAGUUCCUUGGUUACUUUGGUGGUGCCAUUUCGUUUUUGCUUGAAAUCGCUGCUCUGGUCUCUGCCAUUCUUGGAGAUUGGGUCGAUUUUACUAUUUUGAUUAUCGUUUUGAUUGUUAAUGCCGUUAUUGGGUUCCACGAGGAGGCCAAGGCUGAAUCUGCUCUGGAUGCUCUUAAAAAUACCCUGGCUCUUAGAUGUCGUGCAUGGCGUAACGGCGCACUGGUCGAGGUUGAAUCUGUACACUUGGUUCCGGGCGAUGUGAUUGCUCUCCGUCUUGGUGAUAUUGUUCCCGCUGAUGCCCGUCUUCUUGGAAUUGGUGUCACUGGAGCUGCAACUGAAGGUACUCUCCAAAUUGAUCAGGCUGCUCUUACCGGUGAAUCUCUCCCUGUUUCAAAAGGAAAAGGAGCUAUCGUUUACUCUUCUUCCAUUGUCAAGCAAGGCCAACAGCUGGCUGUUGUUACAAAAACCGGUCUUCACACAUUUAUUGGUCGUGCUGCCAAUCUGAUUUCCAUCACCACUGAGGAGGGUCAUUUCCAAAAGAUUAUCAAUCAGAUUGGAAACUUCCUCAUCAUUAUUACCGUUGUUAUGGUUGUUAUUAUCAUGAUUGUCUACCUUACCGUCAAGCCUGUUAUAAACGAGGCUGGCCAUGUUGUCACCGAGUUUGGUGAGCGUUUCAAGCUUGCUCUCAAGCAGGUGCUUGUUCUUACUAUUGCUGCAAUUCCCGUCGGUCUUCCCACUGUCAUGUCUGCCACUAUGGCUGUUGGUGCUUCCCAGCUUGCCAAAAAACAGGUUAUCGUCAAGCGUCUUACUGCCAUUGAAGAACUUGCUUCCGUUUCCAUUCUAUGCUCUGACAAAACCGGUACUCUGACUCUUAACCAGCUUUCAUUUGAUAAGCCUUAUCUUGCCAAUCGCGGAAGCACUAAUUCCAAUCUCGCUGGAGAUGGUACUGGUCGCUAUACCGAGGAUGAUCUUUUGCUUUCCGCCUACUUUGCUUCCGAACCAGGUGCACCCGAUCCUAUUGAAAAGGCUACUCGUGAUGCUGCCCAAGAACGUGUUACUCUUCUGCGCGAGCGUGAUGUUCAGGACCAUAACAUUCCUGGAUACCUUGUCAACGAAUUCUUACCCUUUAAUCCUACUUCCAAGUAUACUGAAGCCACUGUUACCGAUAACUCUACCGGAAAGAAAUUCCGUUGCAUUAAGGGUGCUCCCCAGGUCAUUGCUCGUAUGUGCGGCGGCCACGAUGAAGGAAAUACCGCUGUUAUUGAUUUGGCCCGUCGCGGUCUCCGUGCCCUUGGUGUUGCUCGUACCAUUGACGCUGAAUGCAAGGUCUUUGAGCUUGUUGGCAUGAUUUCGCUGCUUGAUCCUCCUCGUCCCGAUUCUGCUCAGACCAUCAAAGAGUGCAACGAAUAUGGUAUUGGAGUUCGUAUGAUUACUGGUGAUCAGCUUAUUAUUGCCAAGGAAGUAGCUCAUCGACUUGGCAUGCAACGUGCCAUUCUUGAUGCUUCAAGACUCGUUGAUCCUAACAUUACCGAGGAGGCUCUUACUGACCGUUGCAUCAAGGCUGAUGGAUUUGCUCAGGUUAUUCCUGAACACAAGUACCGUGUUGUUGAACUUAUGCAGAAGCGUGGCUUGCUUGUUGGCAUGACAGGCGAUGGUGUUAAUGAUGCUCCUGCACUCAAAAAGGCCAACGUCGGUAUUGCUGUUGAAGGCUGCACUGAUGCUGCUCGUUCUGCUGCCGAUAUCGUUUUGCUUGCUCCCGGUCUUUCUGCCAUCGUUGAUGGUAUCAAGACAUCGCGUUCCAUUUUCCAGCGCAUGCGUUCUUAUGCUCUGUAUCGUAUUGCCUCGACAAUUCAUUUCUUGAUCUUCUUUUUCAUAUCCAUGCUUGCUUUCGAUUUUUACCUGCCCGAUCGUUUGAUUAUUAUUAUCGCUGUGCUCAACGAUGCUGCUACCCUUGUGAUUGCCUUUGAUAACGCCAAGAUCUCCAAGCGUCCCGACAAGUGGCGUCUUGGCCAGCUUAUUUCUUUGUCGUUCGUUCUUGGAUUUUUGCUCAUGAUUAUUUCGUUCUGCCACUUCUUCGUUGCUCGUGCUCUUGUUACCGAGCCUGAUCCUCAUAUUCGAGCAGGCAUUAUUCAAACCAUCAUGUAUCUGCAAAUUUCUUCAUGCCCCCAUUUCGUCAUUUUCUCUACUCGUGUUGAAACUUGGUUUUGGACUUCUAUUCCUUCAUGGAAAUUCUUCCUUGCUAUUAUUGGUACCCAAAUCAUUGCCAUGUUCAUGUCCAUCUUUGGUGCUUCUUUCCUUUAUGCCACUGCUAUUGGCUGGGGCUGGGGUGUUGGUGUACUUUUCAUGUCGUUUGUUUUCUUCACUGUACUUGACGUCUUCAAGGUUGUUAUUAUUCGCUCGUGGUCAUUUGAGCUUACUGCCGUGCUAUGGCCCGUUCCUUCUCGCCGCGCAAAGCUGCUCAAGCGUCAACAGGAUGCUAUCCUUCACAAGCGUGUCCAUAUUAAUAUUGCCAAACUUCGUCGCGCUGCCGUUAUGGCCGGUGUUGUCGGUCAUUGGAGAGAUGUCACACUGUCUUCCAAAAAGCAUCAUGCAUAAUUUUUUGGUCCAGUUUUGGGAGUCUUAAAACUUCAAUUUUUCAAUACAGUGUUAUUUUUAGUU